AUGGCUGGCUUAGAUUUUGUUCUCUUUGAAGAACCAACCGGUUAUGCGAUCUUCAAGGUGAAACUUCAGCAAGACAAUAUUGGUUCCAGAUUAAAGGAUGUCCAAGCAGCUGCAAAUGAUUUGGCAACCUUUUCCAAGUUGGUUGAACUUGUCUCCUUUGCUCCUUUCAAAGGUGCUGCACAGGCUUUGGAAAAUGCAAACGAUAUUUCAGAAGGUUUGGUUUCCGAUUACCUCAAAUCUGUCAUUGAAUUGAACAUUCCAAAAUCUGAACAGCAGAUUAACCUUGGUAUCUCCGACAAACAAUUGGGUCCAUCCAUCAAGGAAGUCUUCCCGUACAUUGAUUGUCACUCCAACGAAGUUGUCCAGGACUUGUUAAGAGGUAUCAGGUUGCAUUCCACAAAGUUGUUGAAAAAUCUACAGGAAGGUGACAUUGAGAAGGCACAGUUAGGUUUGGGUCACGCUUAUUCUAGAACAAAGGUUAAGUUUUCUGUUCAAAAGAAUGAUAACCACAUUAUCCAAGCGAUUGCAUUGCUAGACCAACUAGACAAAGAUAUCAACACCUAUUCUAUGAGAGUCAAGGAAUGGUACGGUUGGCAUUUCCCUGAAUUGACAAGACUAGUCAACGAUAACCAUAUCUACGCCAAACUAGUCUUGAAGAUUCAAGACAAGUCCAACCUCUCUGACGACAACUUGCAUGACAUUGCAGCAUUGGUUAAUGACGAUGCAGGUUUAGCCCAAAAAAUCAUCGACACUGCAAAGAUUUCAAUGGGUCAAGAUAUCUCUGAAACCGAUAUGGAAAACAUCUUGACAUUUGCUCAAAGAACAGACUCCAUUUCUACAUACAGAGCAAAUCUAUACAAGUACCUGACCGAUAAGAUGCAUGUUGUUGCUCCAAACUUAUCCGAAUUGAUUGGAGAAGUUGUUGGUGCAAGAUUGAUUUCUCAUGCAGGUUCUUUAACCAACCUAUCCAAGCAAGCUGCCUCCACCGUUCAAAUUUUAGGUGCAGAAAAGGCUCUUUUUAGAGCCUUGAAAACUAAGGGUAACACUCCAAAGUAUGGUUUAAUUUACCACUCUUCUUUCAUUGGUAAGGCAGCUCCAAAGAACAAGGGUAGAAUCUCCAGAUACCUUGCCAACAAAUGUUCCAUUGCUUCCAGGAUCGACAACUUCAGUGAUGAUGCGAACAACAUAUUCGGUAAAGUGCUCAAGCAACAGGUUGAAGAUAGAUUGGAAUUCUACACUACUGGUAAAGCCCCAAAGAAAAAUUCUGAUGCUAUCAAGGAAGCUCUUGAAUUAUCUGGUGCAAGCGAUUUAGCUGAAGCGCCAAAGGAAGAACAGAAGGAAAAGAAGGACAAGAAGGAAAAGAAGGAAAAGAAGGAAAAGAAGGACAAGAAGGAAAAGAAGGACAAGAAGGAAAAGAAGAGAAAGGCUGAAGAUGAUUCUGAAGACAAGAAGGACAAGAAGAAAAAGAAGAAGUCCAAGGAUUAA